CAGAACUCUGUUUUGCCUUGUUGCGAUUUGUUUUCAUAUAUCUUUCGAAAAAUGACCUUACUUGUGUUUCCCUCGAUUCCAUCCACUUUUCUGGUUUGGCAGCUGUAGGAAGCGCAUGUUGGAAGUAUCGCAACAUGCCUGAGAACGACGUCCCUCUUCUGCCACCAGGUAUCGUCUCAGCCGCCGCGAACCCUCAGAUAGGGCCGGGCAAGAAGAGAUGGUGGCAUUCUGAUGAGGUUGACAAAGGGCCGGAUGCUAAACUGCGACUGAGGGCAAAUAUCUGGACAUCGAUAUGGCUAUUCAUUUGGCGGGAGCUGCUUCCUGCAUCUGCCAUUAUCUUUGCAAUUGUCCUUGGGGCUAGCUGGAAAAUGUUUGAUUUUCGCGAUACUUCUGUCCUGGGCUUCGGUGUAGACGUCGACGCCCAGUUGGCUGUCGUUGGCUUCCUCAACAAAAUACUCGAUAUGUUUGUCCAAGCAUCUCUCUCACACACCGCUUCAAUCUUCCUAACUGUUUGGAUGGCACUGGGUUCAAGAUUUUCGGGGGUUCGCUUGAUCGACUAUGAACUUAAAGACGAAUUGACCCAGCCGUGGACCUGCAUCAGUAACUUUCGGCGGAGGUGCUCUACUGAUGGGUGGAAAGGCCUUGGAUUCUGGGGAAUCAUUCGAUUUCUAGCAUGUCUGGCAGUAUCGAUCUGUGUGUUACUUUCAGCAUUGGCUAUCAACACAGUGGCUAUCCCGAAACAACGCUGGUACCCCGACGGAUCAACCGGCGGCUGGCGCUUGACCGAUGCAGUUCGAAGGUCUUUGACUAUAACUACGCCACGUAUGACUCUUCACGGACUUGACUGGAUGAAUUACUGGGGUGUAGCCUGGAAUCUUGUCGGUUCUAGUGCAAUUUCUUGGGACGCAGAAUGGGCAACAACUGCAGCUUCUACCUACACCCUCUUAAGCGGCUUGCCAAAUGCCUACACGAGCACCCCUACCGGUUGGCUACCAAUAGACAAUGAAGUUGACGGCCUUGUGACUGGCAUCAAUACAGUCAUCAACGGGACAACUGUACAGACUAUAUCGGUUCAGAAUUCCAGACUUCGGGAUAUCUUUGAUGACCUGAGAGAGAAUGGACCAGAAUCAUUCUACCGAUCCUCUUCCGGCUGGGAGGCUUAUCUCAAUGUGACAGUCCCAAUGUUAACCACAUCUUGCGUGCCUGGCCUGACUAUGAAUGAGUCCACAUCUGACGGUGCUAUUCCUGUUAAUGGACCACCUGACUCCUCUCCAACUGAGUCAACGAUUAUUAUUCCAAUUGGUGCAGUUCCAUCCCUGAAUUUCACUGGAGCUACCUGCGCAAUGACGCUCCGUCAAGUCUUAUUCCCUGUCCACAACUGGAUAGUGAGCAUGGCUGAGAUAGACGUGUCUAUCAACAACUAUGGCAAAAAUAUGAAUGUUGCUCCGGUACUUCUUGCGCCUUCUAUAGGCGACCGUGCCAGCGCCCAAGCGCUUGCGGAUCAGCUCAAUAACAUUCUAGGUCGAGUCAACGGUCUACUCCAGGCAGGUCUAGUCCAGCACAUGGUUUACAUAUCGCGUCGCCUCUGCUUCCUCAAUCCCGGGUUCUCACCAAUAAACGACACGGCGGGCAUAACCCCAGUUAUAGCAGCUAUCUCUCAGCAUCUCCUCACCAUCGGUGCUUGGAACAUGACCAUAUCUUCUGAUCCAAACGAAAAGACUAUUUCAUAUCCCGUCCGAUGGCAAGUCUAUGGCUCCGGACCAAGAUUACCAUGGGAAUGGGCUGCAGUGAUAAUACUCGCAGUGAUUCUUAUUGCGCUUCUGGCGGGCGGUAUCUUCUCUCUGAUAUGGCAGAUUGAACCAGGCCCAUGGCUCGAUGUCGGUUCUAUGAUGCUGGCUGCCAACGGAUCCGAGAAGAUGGAUAGUGUAACUGGCAGUAUUGCUGGGGUCGCAAGCCAGAGAGCAGAAAAGGCGAGAUAUUAUAUGAGAGUAUCUCAGUAUGGCAGGGUGAGUUUGGUUGAUGGGACCAAGGAUACCCAUAAACUGGAGGAGGAUGAAACGUAUCUCAAUGAAGGACAUACAAUACUCGCUCGCAGGUCGAUUGAUUGGGAUAUUUUUGGACGUUUUAUGAACAAGACCAAGGCUUUCUUUGUGUUCCCUAAGACAAGGCAGACUCCUUGGUGGCGUCGGAAAGAACCGUGAAUCAUUUGACAGGAUCAUAUGUAUGGAUGGAGUGUUCAAAUUAGAUAGAACAGGACUAGCACUUAUUAUGCCAAGAACAUUUACAGACA